UUUAAAGUUCCAAUUUUCUAAAAUUUAUUAUGACAGAAACCAUCGAAAAUCUUCGAGACUUCAAUUAUUACUAAUUAACAAAAGAUGUCAAUAAAACAGUAGUAUUAGCAGAAUACAUUUGGAUAGAUGGAACAGGAGAAUCGUUAAGAUCAAAGACAAAAGUAAUUCACACGUGUAAAAUAUUUAGGUUUAUUAAACUCAAAUAAAAACACUUGAAGAUUUAGAGUGGUGGACAUAUGAUGGAUCAUCAACAGAUUAAGCAGUGACUAGAUUUUCUGAAAUAUAUUUAAAACCAGUUCGAGUAGUAAAGGAUCCAUUCAGAGGUGAUCCACAUAUUCUUGUAUUAUGUGAAACAUACUUACCAGAUAAAAAGACACCAGCAAGAUAUAAUUUUAGGUAAUAAUAAAUGUAAAGUAAUAUUUAGAUGGAUAGCAAAUUAAAUAAUGGAGAAAGCUAAAGAUCAUAAACCAUGGUUUGGAAUUGAAUAGGAAUAUUUCUUGUUAAAAAGAACAGGAACAACUCAUUUAUGGCCUUUAGGAUGGCCAACAGGUGGUUUUCCAUAUCCAUAAGGGAGAUAUUAUUGUUCAAUUGGCGAAAGAAACAAUUUUGGAAGAGCUUUAGCUGAAGCACAUUUAAGAGCAUGUUUGAAUGCUGGAUUAAAAAUUGCUGGAUUAAAUGCUGAAGUUGCACCAUCUUAAUGGGAGUUUUAGAUAGGAAUUGCUGAAGGUAUUGAAAUAGGAGAUCAUAUGUGGUUGGCAAGAUAUAUUUUAGAAAGGAUUGGUGAAGAAUUUGGAAUUGAUAUUAAUUAUGAUCCUAAACCUAUUCUAGGAGAUUGGAAUGGUAGUGGGGCUCAUUGCAAUUAUUCUACUGUUACAACUAGGUCUGAAGGAGGAUAUCGUUAUAUUGUUGAUAAAUUAAUGCCUAUUCUUAAAGUUAAUCAUCUUGAAAUGAUUAAAUUAUAUGGAUAAAAGAAUGAAUUAAGACUCACAGGUAGACAUGAAACAGGAAAAUAUGAUUAAUUUACUUGGGGAGAUGGAUCAAGAGGAUGCUCUGUUAGAGUACCUAUUAUUACUAAAGAAUAAGGAUAAGGGUAUUAUUAUUCUAUUUAUAUAUAGAUAUUUUGAAGAUAGAAGACCAGCUGCUAACAUUGAUCCAUAUUUAGUUUCUGCUGCUCUUGUUGAUGUAACUUGUUUAAACGGUGAACAUCUUAAAUAAUUGAAUUCUAUUUUUGAAGACUCCUUAAAACCAUUGGGAUAAUAAAUAUUUUAGUAGCAAAAAGAAUAAUUCUAAUAAUCCAACGAAUGAAAAUAAUCAUAUUUUGUGUUCAUUUAUAUAAUAAAUUAGCUUGA